AUGGCUCUUGUUGAGAUCACUCCAUACAACUACACCCUCGCGCGCAAUUCACCUUUACAUGCGCAGAUUCAAAAAGCAUACAGAUGGUACUCACCCAAGUUUUCUCCUCACGACGUUCCUCGUUUUGCAGAUGUUGGGAGUAUUACGGAAAACCCACUCGUGAUGCGUUCAAUACGUGACUUUCUUGUGCAACGAUACAAAAGUUUUCCACAACCUCCUACACAUAUUAUGGGAUUCGAUGCGCGUGGCUUUCUUUUUGGACCUCUAAUUGCAGUGGAACUAGGAAUACCUUUUGUGCUCAUGCGAAAGGCGAACAAGAAUGCGGGUGUUCUCAUUAAGAGUGAACCCUACGAAAAAGAGUACAAGGAGGUAGAACCAGAAGUCAUGACGAUUCGUCUUGGAAGUAUUGACAAGAAUUCACGUGUUGUGCUGGUGGAUGACGUCCUCGCGACAGGAGGAACUGCACUUUCUGGUCUUCAGCUUGCUGAAGCAAGUGGCGCUACUGUUCUUGAGGUAGUUUCGCUGCUUCAACUCACAUUCCUAAAGGGUGUGGAGUUGUCACAUUCAUACCGCAAUGGUCGCUACAGCAAGAUUCCAUUUUUUUCAUUCGUGGAUGAGACUGCGUUAACAGAUGAGAAUUGUGGAGAUCUGUUGAACUAUACUGGUAAACGUGCGAUAAGUUGCAGUGAGGCGUUGAGCAAACUAUAA